AUGGUGCCGCUUCCAGCCUUGUUUCCGCCUGCUGAUGGAGGACAUCACACUUGGCCUGCGCCCAACUACGUGGAUCCGGAGACGAGAGGAUGGGGCGCGCCUGCGGGCAUUAUCUUCAUGUGCGUUGUUACGAGUUGUGUUGUGGUGGCGAGGUUGUGGGCGAGGUUUGGGAUUAAGAGGACGGCGGGGUGGGAUGAUUGGCUCAUUAUCGCCUCUAUGCCCGGACUCUUAGGAUUGACGAUAUCGACCGUGUUGGCGUUGAGGGUGUAUGGGUUUCAACUGCAUAUUUGGGACCAGACGCCUAGGACGCACAUCACCGUGAGACAGGUAAACAACCCCACAUUUGAAUGCAUCUGCUAG